CUCCUGGCAUCAACAGAAAGCUGGACAACGGCAGGAAGGUCAGCUGUUCUGUUCUGUUGCUGUGGUGAAGAACGUUUGGAUGUCAAGUCUGAGAUAACGGCUGGAACGCAAAAGAAUCUCCUUACAUCCCGUUCUUCGCAGCAAAAAACAAGUGAGGUCUGAGACGAAACAGAGGCUCAUUUCUCGACACAUCAGCCUCCAGUUCCUUCCUCGUUUCCUUGUUUCCUCCCCUCCUCGGCUGCAGUUUCCUCUCCCGCCAUGGACCGCUCGGCGCAAGAGCUGUUUCUCAACUUCAUGAUCGUCUUAAUCACUGUGCUGCUGAUGUGGCUGCUGGUGAAAACAUACCAGGACUGAACCAUGGAGAUAAGAGAAGGAGAGAGAAGGGGAAAUGUGUGCAGGGAGGCGAGCAUCGGUUACUAUAGGACGUUGCAGUUCAUUUCUAUUCCCAGACACAGUGUUUAUAUUUUUUAAACAUUAAGCUAAAUGUUCACUGGUCUGGUCCACAACUGUAACCAAUAAACGACAUUAGAAACCGUAUGUUUUAACAGUUACAGCUAAGAUAUUAAGGUAUUUGUAUACAUUAUAUUUUUCAGCGUGGCCUUGAAGUCUGUGUAAGAGCCAAGGGGAAAUGAAUGAACCAAGGUGUGAGGCUGUAGUUUUUCACUGUGGAAAAACUACAAAAGAGCUAAAAAUCCAAACCUUUUAAAGUCCUCAUCUUGCCACCUGUAAACCAUUUAACCAUGCUUUUGUAUGUGUUGUAUUGUCUAUAGAAACUAUGUAAAAGAGAAACUAACAAAUGCAAAGACAUUGACACAAAUGAUCAGGCUUUGUGUUCAUAUUUAUUUCUUGUCAUAAAAGACAUUUGUUGA